AUGUAUGUGAAAUGGGUUGAUACAGCAAUGUUUUACUAUGUGAUUUUAGUGAAUGUCACUUUUUGUCAUUUUUGAAUUUCCCGCCGUUCCGUCCCCCGUACGUCCCGACGCUCACAGGGGACGGAACCCAGAUGACAGAUGCCGGCAUCCGCCGGAUUACAUUGCUGGGGACACUGCAGGGAGGACAUCGCGGGAGCGCAGGACAAGGUAAGUGAUCGAGGGAUCGUGGAGCAGCGCCGCAUGGUAUUCCCGAGUGUAGCUGGGGGGGUUACCGCUUGUGCUACACUCGGGAAUACCGCCAGGGAGGUU